CGGAGCGCAACAACACCCCUCAGGAACCACCAGAAAUACAUUCCUGCGCGCAAAGAUGGCCCCUAAGAAGAACAAGAGAACCGCCGACUCCAUCAACUCGCGCCUGGCGCUUGUGAUGAAGUCCGGAAAGGUUACUCUCGGUUACAAGUCAACCCUGAAGAGCCUGCGAUCUGGAAAGGCCAAGCUCGUCAUCAUUGCUGGCAACACUCCUCCUCUGAGGAAGUCUGAGCUCGAGUACUACGCCAUGCUUUCCAAGACCUCUGUCCACCACUUCUCUGGCAACAACAUCGAGUUGGGUACCGCUUGCGGUAAGCUCUUCCGCUGCUCCACCAUGUCCAUCCUCGACGCUGGUGACUCUGACAUCCUGACCACCAACACCGAAUAA